AUGUUGGAACCCCAGAAAACCCAUGAGACGUCGCACAUCGCGAUGGAUCAAUUUGGAUCUGGGAUGUCAAACAUGCCGGCCUCAGCGGUCGGAAUCAAGGCAGCUUAUCCACUCGAUGAUCCACGGAUGAAAGACCAGCUCGAAUUUUACCAAGCCGCCACCGGAAUCCGAGAUCCUCAGGAGUUGAAGGCUCAUCUGCUUGAUAUCCGAGCCGAAGGUUGCAAAACGUUCCCCUUUCCUUGUGUCCUGUGCUUUCAUUUCUUGCAGGGAAUGAUCGCUCGACACUCAUUUUUUCCAAACGUCGUAAAUUCUAUCCAAGAAAAAUCAAACACCCGGAAGAUUUUCCUUGACAUCGGGGCAGGUAUGGGAAAUGAUUUGAGACAACUUAUUCAUCAUGGAUGGAACCGCGACGAUGUUCUGGGUGUGGACGUGAACAGCGAAUGGAGUGUUCUUGGAUAUAAACUCUUCCGAGACAACGCUCGUCCGGUACCGAACUUCAUAGGAAACAUCCUUGAACCGCAAGUCUUGGAUGUUUCUACUCCAGCUGAAGUCGGACCCGAUGCUUCAAUCAAUCUUUAUUCACUGAAGGAUCUUAAUCCUUUGAAAGGGAAGGUGACCUUCAUUAGCUUGAAUCAACUCUUCCAUUUCUUCGACGAGACCGAUCAAAAGCGGCUGGCCGAGCGCUGUGUGUUGUUACUUUCCAAUACUGUGGGAAGUACCAUUUUUGGUAUGCAAGUUGGAGGCAUCAAAAAGGGACUUCAAAGCUGCAUCAAGACUUUUGUCCACUCUCCUGAGACUUGGAAGGAGAUGUGGGAAUCAGUGUUCGGUCCGAACAAAGUCAAAGUGGUUUCUGAACUUGUCGAAACCACCCCGGAGGACCAUCUCGUCCAGCUUUUCCCUGGCUGCACGAGUAUCCAGCGACUCUACUGGUCUGUAACUCGGAUCUAA